AUGGCUUUGCAGGAUUUGUGCAAAUUCAAGGACACCUCCUCUGACAGCAUUUCCACAAACUUUUCUUCAGCGCCCUAUUGGAACUAUGCACGUAAUUUGCCUGUUUGUGAAGGAGCCAGUCUGUUCAGUUUUUACAUCCCAGUGGCAGAGUACCUGGAAGAAAGUCCACUUCAGUUUGGGCAAAUCAGAACCACACAGAACUCUACUGACAUCUUUUCUCUUGAAUCCGUGUCUUUAUUGACAUCCCUCCAUCUGGCCUCCUCUGAGUCGGUCCCUCUGCCUUUCCCAAUGUCUCACGGCACCACCACCCUCGCUUUCAUGUUUCAAGGUGGCGUGUUGGCAGCAGCAGACACUCGUUCCAGUUGCUCUGGGCUGGUCGCUGACCCAGCCGCCCAGAAGAUCCUGCCCAUCCACAGCCACUUGGUUGGAACGACUUCGGGCACUUCAGCCGACUGCGCUCUCUGGAAGAGGAUUCUGGCACGAGAGCUACGGCUUUACCAACUCCGCCACGGUCGACGGCUUUCCACCAGAGGAGCUGCCAAAUUGCUUUCCCACAUGCUUCACCCAUUUAAGGGGACUGAGCUGUGUGUGGCAGCCACGCUGUGUGGGUGGGAUGGAGGAGAGGAUGAUGGAUGCCACGGCCAUGAGGGUGCAGAGAUUUACACUAAAGAGACGAGUGAUUUUGAAAAGUCUGUGGAUACAAGCUUUAAAAAAACAUUUCAAGCAAACAUCCAGAGCUCUUCUCUAACAGACGCCAGAAAUUCUGCGAAUAUCUCCGGCCCAAGUUUGGUCUACGUGUGCAGUGAUGGUACCCGCCUGCAUGGGACACUCUUCUCUGUGGGUUCAGGAUCACCCUACGCCUACUCCAUUCUGGACCAAGGGGUUAAGUGGGGACUAACGUUGGAUGAGGCCACAUCCAUUGCCAGAGAAGCUGUAUACAGAGCAACACACAGGGAUGCAUACUCAGGGAACUGUGUAGACGUCUAUCACAUCUCCUCAAAAGGAUGGACUCGCAGGAACAGGGAGGAUCUAAAAGAGGAGUAUUACAGAGAAAAGAGAAGACAAGAGAAGAGGGAGAGACAGGAUGUGACUUUGUCAGAGUAG